AUGUUGGGUCUGCCUCUAGGAAAUGUUACAAUAAAGUCCAUGCCUUAUAGAGAAGUCACAGACGACAUGAUAACUGUUUGGAGGAAACAAUUCGAUGAUGAAGAUAAUAUUAGACCAAGAGCAGUUCAACAAGUUAUUAUGCAAUCAACAUGUGCGGAUUUACUCUUUAAAGUAAACAUUUUCGUCCUGCUGUGUAAUACACUAGGUCAGUCGAUGAGCAUGGGAACAUGUGACCUAUCCAUGUUAUCAAAAGUCACGAAAGACCUGGAUCUAAGUGACAUUGAUUGGUGUGGAUAUGUUUUUGAUUAUCUUAAGGAGACAAAAAGUGCAUGGAAUCCAAACAGCAAAAAAGGAUUCUAUGUUGGGCCAAUUAUAUUACUGUUGGGAAAUGAUGUAGGAGGUGUUAAAAGUAGUGGUAGAAGGUGUAAGGGAAAUCAAGGAGAGGAAAUUUUUAGUGGAAGUGGGGAAAGUGUUGAGGAAUAUGCAGACUUUGCGAAUAGAUCUGGAAGAAAAUCUUUUAAGACUACACCACCAUCUAAAAUGGAAAUGCUAAUUCCUUUGCCUGUAGUACCAUUCAACAAUGAUGAACAUUGGCUUAGUAGAAGAGCGUACAGGCCUCGCAUGAAAUCUGAAUAUCUGAAAUCUCCUUACAUUAUACGGGCUGUUGAUAUCAUCAAAGGAGUUCCAUGA